AAAUUAAAUAUUAAAAAAAGUGAAGAGAGAGAAGAGAUUUUGAUGACAUUCAAUUUCUUAUAUCCCUUUUCCCAAACUCCCCAAACCAUCUUUGGUCCUUUCUUCUCUCUCUGUCUUUCUGUGUGCUGAACAAAAGAAAAAGAAAGAAAAGAGUUUGGAAUUAAGAUCUGAUCUAUUUAAACUGCUCUACUCACGCUUUCACUUUUACAUUCCUAAUCCGAACUGAAACCCGCACACGACGCAAAUCAUUCCGUUCCGUUCCUGUCUGAAUGACGUGAUUCCAUCUAUUAGGGUUUUCAAUUGCGAUGGGUCUCGGAAACGAUGACGAUGACGGAGACACAAACGACUCCUUCUCUUCCCUGCCUUGCUCUAUUUGCCUCGACCUUGUUGCCGAUAACGCCGAUAGAUCCUGGGCCAAGCUUCAAUGUGGCCAUCAAUUUCAUCUCGAUUGCAUUGGCUCAGCCUUCAAUAUAAAAGGGGCAAUGCAGUGCCCUAAUUGUCGGAAGAUUGAGAAGGGUCAGUGGCUUUAUGCUAAUGGUAGCCGAUCAUAUCCAGAAUUUAACAUGGAUGAUUGGACACAUGAUGAGGAUCUCUAUGAUGUUAGCUACUCUGAAAUGGUAAUAGAAACUUCCUUUGGAGUUCACUGGUGCCCUUUUGGUAACUUGACCCGACUUCCUUCAUCUUUCGAGGAAGGGGAAUUUUCAUCAACUGCAUAUCAUGAUGUACUGGGACAACAUGCUUUAUUUGCUGAACAUACAGCUGUAUCAUCUGCUAGUCAUCCUUGCCCGUAUAUUGCUUACUUUGGACCAAUACAUCCUUCCACCUCCAACACUAGUGGGGCUGUUUCAGAAGCUUCUACCUUCAACCAUUGGCAUGGGCCACCUGUACCUAGUGACAUGCCAACCUCCUACACAUUUCCUGCGGUGGAUCUUCAUUAUCACGGUUGGGAACACCAUUCCUCUCCUUUCUCUUCUGCCAGUACUCGACUAGGUGCUGGUGAUCAGACCUCAGUAUCCCCUGGUAGUCAAAGGCCUGCCAGGGGUGGGUCAGAGGUCCCUAGAUCUGGAUCCUUUGUGCAUCCUUUCCUUGUUGGUCACAGUUCUGCUGCUAGAGCUGGAAACUCUGUUGCGUCUUCAAUGAUCCCUCCUUAUCCAGGCAGCAAUGCUCGAGCCCGUGAUAGAGUCCAAGCCCUUCAAGCAUAUUAUCAAACCCAGCAACCGCCCAAUUCUGCCACAAUACGAACACAUGUUGCUUCUGGCACUCGAAGGUCCAGUAGUUACAGUGGUUCAAGUCCAUUAGCACCAAUGGCCUCGUCACCAGACCAGAGUAGUGGCUUCGUUUAUAUCCCAUCAGCUUCUCCAGGACGUAAUUUUCAUGAAGAAAGCCAUCUGCCAAGUCACUUCCAUGCUUGGGAAAGAGACCACUUGCCUUCAUUGUCAUUGUCAUUAAACCAUGUUGGUAGAGAAUCGAGUUGGAGACCAUAUCACCAGACUGCCAGUGCAUCAGACCCAGGUAUCAGAUCCAGCAGCUUUCGAUUAAGGCAUGAAUCAGAAAGAAUGCCUUCACAAAAUCGGUGACAUACUGGUUUUAUGUCAAACUACCGUUGUUAUGGAAAAUCAAAAUUUGUGUAUGCUUGAGAAAAGUUAUGUAAUGCUUUUAGCCUGGCUGGCGUGUUAUGGCAGACUUUAUAUAUGGCUAGCCUUGUAAUUCAUCUUUCUGGCAGCCGUGUGGCAGUGUGAUGGACAUUGGCCUCUUCUAGUUUCUUUGCCUUGGAAGGGCAUAAAAUAAGAUCCUAUCUAGUUGAAAAAAUUAGCUUUUGGAAAGGGGCAUUGUCAAUUCAAGUGAUAAAUUAAGUGGAUGAGAGCUGUUGUGGCAACCAUUUGUUGUAGUGGGUGAAUUUUUUAUUUCUGAUAUCGACGCUCAAGCAAAUGCUGUAUAUCGAAAACACGCUUAAUCUUAUCACCACCGGGGCAAGUGUGAUCAUAGACUGUUGUGUUAGAACUGGUCCUUUGGGUUCUGAACUCGUUUGAGAAAUGGGAACCAUGUCUAUUUAGGAUUUUUUUCAAGGCUGAUUUAUUCAAAAAAAGGUACUUUAACGAAAUAAUCUUUAGUCACCUUUUACACACCAUCAUAAUAAAAUAUAAUAACAUGAC